GUGGUUUUUUCCAACAAUAAAUAGAUGCUUCUCUUUUGUUUCCUCUUUCUAUCUCUUUCUUAAUCUCUCCUUCUCACCUUCUCUUGCUAUUAUUGGUCAUAUUCAAUAUGGGAAGAGGAAAGACGGAGAUGAGGAGGAUUGAGAAUGCUACAAGUAGGCAGGUGACCUUCUCUAAACGCCGAAAUGGACUUCUGAAGAAGGCCUUUGAGCUUUCAGUACUUUGUGAUGCUGAGGUUGCUCUCAUCGUCUUCUCUCCGCGUGGCAAGCUCUAUGAGUUUGCUAGCUCCAGCAUGCAGGAGACAAUUAACCGAUACAUGGUGCAUUCAAAGAACACAAACAUUGAAAAGAGAAUGCCUGAACAAAAUGCACAGCAGCAAUUGAAGCUUGAAGUUGCAGCCAUGGCAAAGAAGAUUGAGCUUCUUGAAGGCUACAAAAGGAAGCUCUUGGGUGAGAGUUUGGGAUCAUGCUCAAUGUUUGAAUUACAUGAAAUAGAGUCUCAACUGGAGAAGAGCCUGAGAAACAUAAGAGGGAAAAAGCAACACAUGCUAGCUGAACAAAUUGCGGAACUGAAAGAAAGGGAAAAGACUCUCACUGAAGAAAACUUGGUAUUGCGCCAUAAGGCAGAGGUUUCAUUGCAGUUAAAUGAGAAUAGAGAAUCUGUUGAGAAUAAUGAAAACGAUGAAGAAGAUAUUGAAGUAGAGACAGAACUGUUCAUUGGGAGGCCGGGGAGCAGAAGACAGUGCAACAUUAAUGCUUGAUUGGUUUGCUAAGUUUUUAAAUCAUAAUCCAAAUGAUUUUAGUGUUUUCAUGGGUUGAAUGCAUGCUUGAUUGCUCAUAUCCAGUAAUAUGUAAUAAAAGUGGCAAUUGUCAAGCAAUAAAAUGUAAUAUUUUCGUAAUUUUUCUGGAAAACAUAUCAACAGUUAAAAACAUAAGGCCUGUUUGU